AUGGAGCAAGAGCAGAAUGUGAAGGUUCAGGGAUGGGCUGGCGUGCAAGUUCUACGUGAUAUCGUCUACGAUGCGAAGCAGAAGCGUCUCAAGUACCCACCAAUACCACAGUUGAAAGCUCUGCGCAAGGUGCGCCUCCUCACCAAGACUCUGGUGCUUUCGUCUGACACUGUCAGUACUGUUCUGAAUCCUUCCGAAGCAGAGACAAUACAUCUGGAGAUUAUUGCAAAGUUUACUUUUCCCGCAAACCUUUUUGACAAUUCUAAAGGAUACACCAAGGAAAACGCCCCUGAGGUGGGCUUGCGCAUCCGCACUAACUCCGAUGGAUCAGAAUACACAAAUGUGGCAUUGAUGAUGCCUGCGGCUGAGGUCGAUGCAAACAUCUGCGAUGCAUGCACCUAUGCAAUAGGGCGGAACGCAUCCUUUAAGGUCUAUCCCAUCAAUAGUAACAAGAAUCCCGUGUUGAACUGCAGUAAGGAAUGCGCAAAGGAGCGCACCUGUAUGUCGUGGGCACUGCAUGAAAUCGAAACUAAAGGCAUGGUGCAGUGCUCACUGUACUGGGACCACAGUUCUAAGGUGUCCAUUCCGAAUAAGAUUGUGUCUAGCGGUGUCGUUAAUGAACCGCUUCUACAUUUAGAACGUAAUAAAUCUGGUACCAUUGGCUACAACUUUCCACUGCACGGUCGUGCGCCGUUGGCAUCGAGCACCGAGUUUGAGCUGCGUAUCUUUGUUGAUGGCAGUGUCAUUGAGGUGUUUAAGGACGACGGUUUGCAGACCAUCAGCGGCCGUGUGUACAUCCCCGAUGGAGUCGCUCACAGCGGUGUUGGACUCUACACCCGCAACACGGGUGAUGUUCCUGUCAGUGCCAACAUUCAGGUAUUUUCUAUGGGCAGCAUAUGGAAUUAG